AGUUUCGCGCAGUUAACGCUCGACUUUCGUGUGGGAUUGCUCGAUGCGGAUAGUAGCUGUCAAAAAUUGGCGGUAAAAUUACACGCGGUCAUCGUAAUUGAUUUGUUUUUUUUUCGUGUACUUACCACCCAAUAUGAAAUAUUGAUGAGUGAUUAUAUAUAAUUCUUGAAUGUAAAAUUUAAGUUGUUAAUAGUUAAAAAACCUCUGACUUUAUUAGUAAUGCAGUGAAAUAGUGAAUUUAGUGAAAGUGUCGAAGGAUUCAAUAUUUAAAAAAAAUGGUGCCGUCGCGGUAUUUUUACAGCGGAUGUCUAUUAUUACUAGCUGUUGUAAUUGAAAUAGUACAACCAACAUGCGUCCUGGACUCAGAUUUCGGGUUCAAAAUAAACUGCGCUUUCAAAAAGUCCGGUCUGUUCAGAGUAAGAAAUCUCGGUGGAAUAAAGGCACACGCUAGCUUAGGUUUCAGUUUGGGUGACGAGCUCGGCUUCGAACAGUCCCUCACUAAUCUGGACACGAGCAGACGGAGGUCUGUGAGCCUAAGGAAUGGAGUGCCUCCUAUCGUUGUGGGUGACUCUACAGUGCGACCAGCUGGCAAACAAGAGAAACGGGGAAAGCAGAAUCGAAUUAUGAUGCGUCCCAUGGCUCCGGCUACUCGCCCUAAUCAAGCAGCCAUGGAUAAGCUCUCCAGUCUGCACCGCCGUGUUUCAAGCACCAUGCAGCCCAUUGUUGUGGGACCAACAAUUGAAGCUCCGAACACAAGACAAUCACCAGGAGUAACUCUAGCUAAACCGGUGCCCAUGGGCGUGCCACCCUUCAAGCCCCUCCCACCAAAGGAAGAUACCCUCAAGGUCGUUCCAAUAUCAUCGACGAGGAAGUCCUACACGCCGCUUCAAAUCCCUCAGUCCAAAGGACCUGGCCUGGCAUACCAAAGUGAGAAUUACCCACAAACGCUUGCAUCACACAAUCAAGUUUCAAAAAUGGUGUCACAAAUGACAGCAGUACAGUAUGCUCAGCCACAGAUACUCAAAAUAACUCCGGCGCCGAUUUUGGUUAACACUCCAAAACUUUACUCCAUGCCUACAACAGUCAAUCCAUUCAUUCCAAUGCCUGUUGCUGCUCCACCAACACAAGCCAUAUCUAUCAUACCCGCACCUGUUUUUGACUUUUCACAUACACUUCCAUCUAACACACCCAUUUAUCAGACCUCGAUCCAAAACAAUCCUAUUUCUAACUUUGUAGAUCCUGUUCCUAAGCAAGUUCACGAACUGGCGAGUCAGUUUUCCGCGUACAACACGAAGAAGAUAGAUGAUUACAAUACCAUAUCAGGUUACGGCGAUGAUACAACACUGACAUUCAACAAAGAAGAUAUAAAUGCAAAAAUUUCGGAGAUUGCAAAAGCAGGGAACAUUUCUAUGGAAGCAGUUGAAGCUGCGAUUGCAUUAAGACAGCAGCAGCUAUUGAACAAAUAUGCCAAUUUCCCUGUACCAACAUCAACAACGACUACUACAACUACGACGACGACAGAACUGCCGGUGGUAUUCCAUCCUGAGCCCGAACCUGAAAUCGUGGUUGCUUCUGUGGUUCAGAAACCAAAAAGAAUCAGCCCAACUGCAGGAAAGGUGAUGAAUGCACCACGGGAGUAUUAUCCUGUUGGUUAUGAGAAGAAUUUCGAUGAUCACUUCCAGUCUAAAGUUGAUCUUCCAGAGACGACGUUCCAUUGCGGAGAUCAAAAAUAUUUCCCCGGAUUGUAUGGAGAUGAGAGCCUUGGAUGUAUGGUAUUCCACGUCUGCGCCUUAACCGACGAUGGUUUGGUGAUGAAGUCAUUCCUCUGCCCUGAAUCAACACUCUUCGAUCAAACGAUCCUCAAAUGUAACUGGUGGUUCUAUGUUGAUUGCAAAAACACGAGACGAUUGUACGAUACAAACAUACCGGUGUCCAAGAGUUAUCAGCUGAUGAAGGCGUUGACGUUCUUCUCUUCUUAUAAGAAGGAGGUCCAAGAAGAUGGUCAACCUGCUAAUCCAGUAGAAGAGGAUGGUAUAAAAGAAGCUAUAUCAAUCUUAGAGAAUCAAAAUAGCGCAAACUCUGUCCAACAAACUGGCACCAAUGGUAUAGAAAUCAUCACACCACAGCCGUUCAUCGUCGAUGAGAGAAGUAACAAGGGAUCCGUCUCAACAGACCAAACUCCGGUAUACCGUGGAAACAGAAAUGUUGAUAUUUCUAAUAAAACUAGCAAUAUAAAUAGAAGCUCUUCUAAACCAAAGACUCAAGAUUACCAAAGUAAUUCAGAAUAUAAACUUGUAACUGUCAAUGCCGAUAUAAAUUUUAAUAAAAGCAAAGAAGUUAGUUCCGCCGAAGACACUUCACGAACUAACACAGCCGAAAGAAAGCAUAGGAGAAGGAUGACCUUAAAAAAUAGCAGUGGUCCUACUGUUAGACCUACUACACCUGUUCCUAGCACAACUACCGUUACUCUUAGUACUACUACAACUCCUAAUCCUGUUGAAACUACUACUUCUUCAGUAGAGAUUAUCAAACAGGAGAUUCAACCAAUAGAGCACUUUAUUGCUUCAGAUGUGAAACAAGAAAAAUUAACAGACCAACUUGAUCCUUCUUACUUGUACGAAGCCCAAAAUUCUCGUCCAGUUAAAAGAUUUUAUAGAUCAAGUGCAGAGAAGAAUAGCAAAGAAGAGAAAGAAAUGGCUAUAAUAAACAAUGAAAAGGUUCAGAUAGUCAGACCUACUUCUUACGUCAAAUUAGUCGGUGAAUAUCCUACUCCAACUGCUGCGAUUGCAAAAUUAGACGAAGCCAUAUUGGGGAAACCUACGAGGUUCAAAAAAUCCGCCAUAACUAUAGUAACACCUGAAAUACACAAAGAACCUCGAAGAAAUCCGACGAAUGACCAAACAUAGUCUGAAAUAUUCAUAAUAGUCAAUAAUUAUUAAAUUUAAGUGUCAUAAAACCUCUUGUUAACUUAUUUAUUUUCUAUUCAGAUGCGUAACGUAGACGAGGUGAACUGAUUUACGUAUUUGCUCAAAGUGUUUUUAUUAGUAUAGUGGAUUCAGUCAAGUGAUAUUAUGGUGUAUGUGUUAUAGUUGUAAAAUAAUAAAAUAAAUGUGCGUUUCCU